ACGCAUGCGCAAAACCAGCUCAAGCGAAUGUGCGUGAGGUGACAGCUGUCCCGAUGAUAUCGAUGAACGUAAACACCAGUAAUAACAGCCUUCCCCAGCACAACCACGGCAAAAAACCUAAGAAGAAGAACAAGAAGAACCGCAAAGGGGCAGCAGUGGAGAUCUCUGGUUUGGAGCUGGGACCCCAGAUCCCUUCUUCCGAUGAACUGUGUCACAUACUCACCAUUCACAGAUCCACCACCCCUCCAGAUUCGCCCCCGUUGAACCUCUCUCAAAGCCCACCAGACCUUCAGCCUCCGGUCCCCCUGACACACUCGGCUCCUAUAACGGCGGUUUCCUCACCUUGUGUAGUCUCAUCCCCAGACACGCCUUCCACUCCCAUAGCACCUUCAAUCGGUCUACCUUCUGUUCUUUUAACAACUCCUCCCACUCCACCGGCUCCGUCCAAUCAGACAACUCCACCGCCAACACUGAGCCCUCCCCCUCCAGACUUUUCCCCACCCCCAGCAGAAUUACUCGGGUCAGAUGAUGAGGAGCAGGAGAAUCCGUCAGAUUAUUGUAAAGGAGGGUAUUAUCCAGUGAAGAUUGGAGACCUAUUUAAUGGCAGAUAUCACGUGGUCAGAAAACUGGGCUGGGGUCAUUUCUCCACUGUAUGGCUGUGUUGGGAUCUACAACGGAAACGAUUUGUUGCACUUAAAGUGGUGAAAAGCGCCCUGCACUACACUGAAACAGCGCUGGAUGAGAUUAAACUACUGAAAUGUGUGCGAGACAGUGACCCGACAGAUCCUAAACGUGAGAGGAUAGUUCAGCUGAUCGAUGAUUUUAAAAUCUCUGGUGUCAACGGUGUUCAUGUUUGUAUGGUACUGGAGGUGCUCGGUCACCAGCUGCUCAAAUGGAUUAUAAAGUCCAACUACAUGGGUCUUCCUCUUGUCUGUGUAAAGAGCAUUCUCAGACAGGUUCUUGAGGGUUUAGAUUACUUGCACACAAAAUGCAAAAUCAUUCAUACAGAUAUAAAGCCAGAAAAUAUCUUACUGGAUGUAAGCGAGGUGUACGUGAGACGCCUGGCGGCCGAAGCCACUUUAUGGCAGAAGGCUGGAGCUCCGCCCCCCUCCGGUUCCUCCGUUAGCACGGCCCCCAGGGAUAAACAGAUGGGUAAAAUAUCAAAGAAUAAGAAGAAGAAGUUGAAGAGAAAGGCCAAGCGACAGCAGCGUUUGCUGGAUGAGAGGUUGCAGGAUCUUCAGAAGAUGGAAGAGCUGGACGGAGCUCCGCCUUCAGAUGCUCCAGGAAACACCCGUGCCCUCUGGAGACUCAGUGAGGAUGGAGAAGAUGAUGAAGAAAACACACAGAGUGAACAGAUCCACACGAGAGUGAACGGUAAUGGUCCGACUAAAAGCAGUCCAGAGUCGGGUUCAUCAUGGCUGGAGGAGAACUGUAAUGGCUACGGACCACUGCGUUUCUCCAGUCCUGGUUCGGGUCUGUCAGGCAUGUCUGGAUCCAUCCUGUCUGCUACCUCUGAAUCGGCUCUGUCCACCCUGUCGGGAUACUCAACGGAGCGCUCGCUGCUCUCACCCAACUCAUUCUCUGCUGCUGAUUUCUUGGUGAAUCCUUUAGAGCCUCAGAAUGCGGACAAGAUACGCAUUAAGAUUGCAGAUCUUGGCAAUGCAUGCUGGGUGCACAAGCACUUUACAGAGGACAUCCAAACCCGUCAGUACCGAGCUCUGGAGGUGCUGAUCGGAGCAGAAUACGGCCCUCCGGCUGACAUAUGGAGCACUGCGUGUAUGGCAUUUGAGUUGGUCACCGGGGAUUAUCUUUUUGAGCCUCAUUCAGGAGAAGACUACACUAGAGAUGAAGAUCAUAUAGCUCAUAUAAUUGAGCUGUUGGGCUCCAUUCCUCCACAUUGUGCGCUUUCGGGUAGAUACUCCAGAGAAUACUUCAAUCGCAGAGGUGAGCUGCGACACAUCUCCAACCUGAAGCCGUGGGGAUUGUUCGAGGUCUUACUGGAAAAAUACGAGUGGCCGCUGGAUCAGGCAGCCCAGUUCAGCGACUUCCUGCUCACCAUGCUCGAGUUCAUACCAGAGAACCGCGCCACCGCGGCCGAGUGUCUACAGCACCCCUGGCUCAAUUCAUAACCCAUCUCGGGUCUCCCUCCCAAAUACAUUUUCACUGCAUUCGUGCGGUCUGCGUCCCUUAGGUCGGUUACCCGUCUACAGGUGCACACUUCCACUUUUCCGAGCGUACGCUCCCAGAAGAUGGAGUAUUCUGAGCACACACUUAGCUAGCUAACCUCAAACUUUUGUUUUUAUAUAAUAUUAUACAGUAUAUAUUUAAAGAGGCUUUGAUCUCUGAACAUGAUCGGGUAAAAUAUCUGUCUGAUGUUUUCAUUUUGUGGUCAUCUAAUCAUGUAGAAGGUUCACAUAUUUAUAUGUUAAAAUAGUGCCUUGACAUGCCAUCUGCAAAACAGAAAAAGUUAAAAAAAUCAUAAAACCCUCACCUUUUUAUAUUUGUCUGCGAAUAUGUGUGAGGAAUGCUUGUUGUUUUGUGAAUAUACAGAGCUCUGUAUGAAUACUUGAUUCAAUAAAGACUUGGGAUCUUAAACACUGUACCGAAGAAUAAAGAAUCGCUAUGAACCACA